AUGCAGCCUCCAGUUCUCCACUCUGGCGCCACUUUGGCAGACGAGCGCCGGCAGAUGCCCUCGCGGCCUGCCGGCGAACGUCCGUCCGGCGAGAACGCGCGCCAUAAUGGACGUGUGGCUGUCUGGCGAAAACUCGCUCUCGAGAGCCGCGAGAGGGCGGCGCUCUGCAGUGAGCGGCCGCGAGGGCAUCUGCCGGCGCUCGUCUGCCAAAGUGGCGCCAGAGUGGAGAACUGGAGGCUGCAUAUUCAAACGGCCGAGGCGGUCUACCGUCCGGCGGCGGCGGUCUACCGUUCGGCGGCUGAAAAAGGGGUAGACCAGUCUACCGCGGUCUACCAAGUCUACCGGUAG